UAACUGUGAUCAUAUUGCUGCGUGAAGCCAGAGUGACUUAGCAUUAGGGGAUGGGUGUUUGAUGCCUGAUAAGGAAAUAAGCCUAUCCCAGGUGGCUUAAAUGGCUUCAUCAGAGCCUCGCAGGGGAAUGUAUUUCCUAACCAAGUAGCCUUUCUAUGCUGUAGCUCCAGAGUUUGAUGAGGGCCCCAGUUUUAUCCCAGAAUGACCGAUCUGACCAGAUUCCAUCCUAAAUCUUUGGUGCGGUGACUAGCAACAUUGUACAACUGGCAAGAGAAGUCCAGACCUACCAAAGCUGGAAGAAUCUGUCAUCCUUCAGCCAAAGGCACGCUUCGCUUCUGCAGCUGGACAAGCUGUCACAGCCGUGGCUGUUGGCUUGUUUCCCUGCUGACGCCGCUUUUGAAAAUCACCUUGCGCCACGCUCAUGGCUUGGAGCUCAAUCUGCGCCUGCGCCCCGGCGAGAGACCCAGGCAGCCCUCCUGGGCUGGAGGGCUCCUAUAAGCGUCUAAAGCAGCCCGGGGGUGGCAGAAGAAACUCACACCGGGGGGCGGGUCAUUGCUGGAUCUACUUGGAUCCUGCCAUACUCUGACAUGUGUUCUGCCCCCUGCUACAAAGUUGUACCCUCAACAUGGAGAAUCUGCCCCUAACGCUGAGUACGAGUGAUUAAUUCGCGGUGGGAGGGGUUUCUGUACCAACAAACCGAAAAAGUUGGGCUCCAGGUGCUGUAUGUACGUUUUGGUGCUGCUACUCCAUCGCUUUGCACCCGGCGUCUAAAUUUUUAAGUGCACUCCUAGCUGCUAAAUAUGGUUUCUCUGUUUAGCCAGUGAAAAUGUUGCAGGAUCAUGAUGAAAAAGUGUCUUCAUCGAGCAGAGUCCACAGACCAGACCAGCGCUUUUCCAAUGAGAUUUGCCACUACAGCAGGCGGCAGUACAGACUUUGCCCCUGAAGGAAGAGCAGCUUCACUUGUGUUUUUUUAGAGUGUAUACUUUGGAGCCAACAAUUGCCAGGGAGGAGCCAGAUCCAGCCAGGGGCCGAAUCUGGGUUUUUUCAAUGUUCAUGUGCGGGGAUGUGUCAGGGUCUAGAGUUGGGGAGGAAGCUAGACUGCCUUUAUUUAGAUAUUAGAAGAUGAGGGCUCGGAACCGAAACGCGGCAGCUACCGGAUCUGGUUUGCUUUUGCAGCCCUCCUGCUCCGGGACGCGUGGCGGCGAGGCUGGAGUUCCCUGGCGCAGCAGCAGCGGCCUGACUUGAUCCUCUGGUUCUGACUGUACAAUUUCAGGGCUUGGCCCCCACAAACCGGCAGGCUCCGGGUAGCUCCAGCCUGACUUUCCGCCAAAGCUCCCCGCCUCCCUCACUGAGAAACUGACCCCCUGGGGGAGGGCUACCACCCUGAGGAGGGACGCAAGGGAACUGGGUGGCACCUCCUCCAUUGUUUAUCCUAGCCUAGUGGAGGAGGAGGGCCCUUGAUUUCACCGGGGAACGGGAAGGGGGAUAGUGCUGGGAGCCACAGGGAAUGAGGAGUAGAGGCGAACGGUGCAGCAGGGGGGGAGUGACCGCCGGGGCGCGGGUGCAGCAGGAUCCGCCGCUGUCGGGGCGUGGGCGCCUGGGCGGGCGCUUCCCUGGAGCAGGGGGUGGGGAGCGCAGGCGGGGGGGGGGGGGAAGCCGCUCCUCUGCCCCGGCGCCGGCGUCCGCUGGCCACGCCGGGAGCAUGGAGAAGGCAGGCGGCCGCCUGGACGCGCAGUACGAGCGCCUGGCGCUGGACACGGCGCUGAGCACCCUGCUGGCCGUGCUGCUGUACGUGGCGGUGAAGGUGAGCGUGGACGGGCUCCGCCACUGGAGGGCGAGGGUCUCGGUGCUGGUCGUGGGGGCUGGCCCCGCGGGGCUGACGGCCGCGCUGGUCGCUGUCCGCUCGGGCAAGGUGCUGAAGCUGACGCUGCUGGACGAGCGCCACCGGGCAGCCCUGGUCUGCAGACCCCAGCAGAUCGCCCUGCAGCCGCGCAGCGUCCGGUUCCUGCUGGCCCUGGGCGUGGACUUCGAUAACAUGGAGGGCUGCUGGGACAACGAGCACUUCUUCACCCGCAUCGGCGUCUUCCAGGAGCACCUGCUGAGCAUCCUGGAGCAGCAGAAGUACAGGCAGGAGAUCCGGAUCCUGCUGGGCACCAAGUUCUCAGAUGACUUUAUAAGGAAGAGUUUAGCCUCUGAGUGGCCAAAAAUAAUUGUGAUAGCAGAUGGAUCCUGUGGAGAAUCAAGCUCAGUUCUCGGAAUCAGUCCAGAUUACAUUGUGGAAUCCUGUAAUGCUUAUGGAGCAAAUGCAGCUAUUGAGAGGCCUGAUCAGAGACAGGUGCCAACUCCAGAGAUCCGUGCUCACAGUCUAUAUUUUGAUCUCUCUGCUUAUGGAAUGGAUAUAUCUUCCACGGGUAAGGAAUCUCUGAAGCCAGGAUUUCAUCUGAAAAUCUAUGGGACAUUCCGCAAUCGAUGUAUGGCUUUGGCAUGUCCAGCUUCUGAUUCCAAAGUUGUUAGAUUCCUACGGCAUACUCUCAGUUCCUCAAUAAUGAAGAACAUAUUCCACCAAUCUUUCAAUGCCUACAAGAUGGAUAUUGAACCUAGGGUGAAUGAAUUGACUCUACAUCAUGUCCAGUGUAGUAGAAGACUCUUUGAGAUCAUGCUUUCUCAUAGGAGAGUUACAGCAGCCUUCAUUGAGGGGGACAAUGUAGUGGUCACUGUGGAAGGAGAAGCCGCCAGAGUGCUGAAUUUUGACACUGGCUGUGGAGUUAAUCUUGGACUGAGAGGCUUGGAAUCCUUGGAAGAAUUAAUUUACAGGGUUGCUACAGCAUUAGAUCAGAAUGAUAUCUUUGAAGCACUGUCUGCCAAAAUACGACACUCCAAGCAAGUGUCAGAGGAUUUUAAGCAGAAUGGAUUAUUUAUCACUGUUUUUGAAUAAACAGGAGGAAGGAACGCAAUGCAGCACUGUGGAGAUCUGGGCCUAUUUAUAGGACAAACAAAAUGAAUGGUAACUCUGCAUAACUCUGACUGCAAAAAAAAUUCAGGACCUCAAAUUCAGCACAGCUAUCUGAAAUUUAAAGGUUGAGCAGGCCCCUUUAGGAUUCAAAGUCACUCUUUUCCCCCCAAUGGGGGAAUUGAUGUUCUUUUUGGUGAUCCUACAGUCCUCCUUCCAUGGAGUAGUCUGAGUGACUUCACUGGGAUGCUCAUGUGAUAUGGGCUGCAGGGUCAAGCCCUUAAUAGGGAAAAAUAAUUGUGGCUUCAUCUUGUCCUCUGAGUUUGUGGUCCAACUCCUGUUGAAAUUAUUGGCAAACUUCCCACUGAUUCCAGUGGUGCAAGCCCCAGUUCUGCAGUGUGAUGCACAUGGGCAGAUCCUUGGGCCCACAUGGAACCCCACUGAAGUCAUGCCUUAAACUCAGAUGUCUGGUUGAGGACUCAUGUAUCUAUUUCCUACUCUGGAGUAAUAUAAAUGAGAUGAGAGUAAUGCUGGUAGAUUGGGGAAUAAAUGUGGAUGAGUGGCAAAGGGUUUGCUGCUCUCUUGAUAGAUGGUGUGUCCCCCACUUGUCAGAAUUUGCAGUUUAAGGGUAGGGUUAAAUUCCCAGCUGCUCAAAGAAAAUCAAGUAGUAAUCGCCAAAACAUAAUUGUAAAAACUGCAACUGUUUCCUUCGGGUGUAAAUUCUGUUGUCAUGGUUCAAGUUAGAGCUGGUCAAAAAAUGGAAAAUAAAAUGGUGAAAGGUAUCAGUUUGAAGUAAUUUUUGUUCUAUAGAUUUUGGAAGGGAAAACCUUUUUUGUCUGAAAACGUUCACAAAAAUUUUCAAUAAAAAAACCUUUCAGUUUU